AUGUCGCGAGUAAGCGAUGGGCCAAGAAUUCAGUCGCCACAGGAUCCGAGCUAUACGAGAGAGCGGAAGAACAGAGCGAGAAUCGAGAAUGCCUCGCAAGACGCGCGGAGUGUACCGAGCGAGCAGACAAGGGAUGAUAAAACCCUACAGCGAGCCACAUGCGUAGCAGCCAAGUGGCUCUUGAAGAAUCCCCCAAGAUUCGCCCAUGUGCAUUGUGCGCAGGCUCUCGGAAUACCUGUGCACAUCAUGUUUACCAUGCCGUGGAAGGCAACCCGAGCCUUUCCCCAUUCGUUAGUCAAACUGAACGCGACGGACAUCGAACCUAGCACCGCAAACUGGCUUACCUAUGGCCUGGUCGAGCUCAUGCCCUGGCAAGGAACUGACACCUCAAGCACAACGUAA